CGACUCUCUUUCUCUGCAAAGAUCGAUUGAUGUUUUCUCUGACUGGUGUAUCAACAACGACCUGCUAAUUUCUGUUGAUAAGUCGAUGUACCACCAAGAGUCAGCAAAUUUUCGUUGAACUUUUCGAUUGAUGGACUUCUACUGCACAAGAGCACUCGAAAACAGUUUUGGCCCAUAUUAAUGAGCAUUCAAGAAAUGCCGGAAGUUCCAGUAUUGAUGGUUGGCAACUUUUUUGGUGAAUCAAAACCAAAGAGUGUUGAGGAAUAUCUGCGUCCGCUAGUCGACGAGCUAAAUGGGUUGAUGGAUAAUGGCAUUGUAAUAGCCAAUAAGCCAAUCGAACUACACGUUAGAGCUUUCAUCGCGGACUCACCAGCACGAGCAUUCAUAAAAGGUUCAGUUUACUUCAACCACACACAUGGUUGCCAAAAAUGUACGGUGCAAGGAAAAUAUCACAGCGCACACCGAGUUACAUGUUUCCCGGGAAUGGAUCAUCCAGCAAGAACGCAUGAAGAUUUCGUCCAAUCAAAUUACGGAGCACAUCAUCGGGAAAAAACGCCUCUCAUGGAUCUUAAGAACUUUGACAUCAUAAAAAAGAUUAUUAUAGCAGAUCGUUUGCACCUCUUUGACUACGGCGUAACAAGAACACGGCUGAAAGGAUGGAAAUCAGGCAAAUUAGGAGGGGGUGCCAAGUGGUCUGAAGACACAAUAAGCAAGAUUGAUGCUUUGCUGAAGGAGGUGGAACUUCCUUUAGAGUUUCAUCGCAAACUCCGUUCUGUUGAAGACAUUGGAUUGUGGAACGCUAGUGAGUUCCAAGUGUUUCUACAUUACGCGAGUUUUAUCGUUUUGAAGGAUGUAUUAACAGAUGUACAGUAUGACCAUUUUAUGAAAUAUUACUGUGCGGUAACAUUGUUAUCAUUCGAAGUGUAUAAGAAUGAUUGGCUUGAGGCGAAAUGCUUGCUAAGAGAGUUCGUUUUAGACUAUGGUGUUAUCUACGGGGAACAUUGCAUCACCAGCAAUAUACAUAGUUUGUUGCAUGUGUAUGAUGAUGUAGACAAAUUCGGCCCGCUUUACACCAUUUCAUCUUAUCCCUUUGAAACUGUCGCAUCAACACUCAUAUCAUCUGAAACGAGUGAGUCGAGCAGCUGUGCCACAACGGCAUCAUCACCACCGGAAGCCGCCGCUUGCAACGACGAAUGGGCAGUUGAACUCGGCUGCAGCUCCCCUAUGCGUCGAGCGAUUCCGGGCGGUCGAGCCGCAACAGCGACACCACCACCGGCAGCCGCUUGCACCGUUGAACGUGCAGCAGAACUCGGCUGUUGUUCGUCGUUGCGUCGAACGGUACCGGGCGGCCGCAUCACAGUAGCAACACCACCACCAGAAGCCGCUUGCACCGUUGAACGCCCAGCUGAGCUCGGCUGUAGUCCGUCGUUGCGUCGAGCGAUACCGGGUGGCCGUGUCACAGUAGCAACGCCACCACCAGAAACCGCUUGCAUCGGCGAAUAUACAACUGAACUCGGAUACUGGUCCCCAAUGCGUCGAACAGUUCCGGACGGCUGUGUCACAACAGUAACACCACCACCGGCAGCUACUUGCAACGGCUAA